UAGAUAGAAUGAUAAACCCCUUCUUUCAAAAACCCUCUUUUUCUUCCUCACUCUCUCCAGACUCUUCAAUGGCUCUCUUCCAUUCCUAUACUCUUCCACAUCACAGACUAUUAUCCACUCUCUCACCCUUCUCUUCCAAACCUCUCAAUGUUUCUCUACCUCAUUCUCUCUCCACAACCACUCACUUCAACAAUACACCUCUUUCUAUCUCUACACCCCCUAGAAAAUUGCUUUGCAGACCCCCUCAAGGAAAACACGUUAGAGAAGACUAUCUUGUGAAAAAGUUUUCAGCUGAAGAAAUCCAAGAGCUGGUGAAAGGAGAAAGAGACGUUCCUAUUAUUAUUGAUUUCUAUGCGACGUGGUGCGGGCCGUGCAUAUUAAUGGCGCAAGAACUUGAAAUGCUUGCAGUCGAGUAUGAGGAAAAUGCGAUGAUCAUUAAGGUUGACACAGAUGACGAGUAUGAGUUCGCGCGCGACAUGCAGGUAAGAGGGUUGCCGACCCUAUUCUUUAUAAGUCCUGAUCCGAAGAAAGACGCUAUUAGGACUGAAGGGCUUAUACCAAUACAAAUGAUGAGAGAUAUCAUUGACAAAGAUAUGUGAAAAAGUUAAGGCUACUCAUCACAUGAUGAUGACAUAGAUGGAGUUUCUAGAUCCUACAAGAUGUUGUUUGGUUUAAUUGUAACCUAUUUUGGGGACAUAAUUGAAGUGCUAACCAAUUCAUAUGAAUUUGGGUUUUGAAGUUCAUAGUUUGUAUGAUAAUUUAUGUAAUCUUUGAGGUAGACAUUUGUUGUAGUGUUUCA